AUGAGACGGGAUACGCAAAGCCCUUACCACACUAACUUCAACCGUGACCAAACUCCACAAGCUGAAGCUGCUGCUCGUCACACGGAUCGAACGCGACCGAGCUUCACCAAACAGAUCAGUUCCUUGUUUAUGUCCGCAGGGGUUUUUCUGAGUCAGUGCUGGAAGUUCAUACAGAAUGUGAUUCUGUGUUGGAAAGUGGUAAUUCUCGGUGCUCGACUGGACCUGGUCAACUCUUUAUUUGGGAAACAAUGUCAGCGGUGUCGUGGACGAGAUGCUUUUAUGGGAUUCUGCUUUUUUGCAUGGGAUUCAAGGAAUCCAUGGUAUCGGACAGUGCUACUGUUGAGUGAGAGUCCGGGGCCUAUUGUGAGAGGGCGGCCCCUGGUAGUGGGAGGGAAUCUUGAAGUUGAGCCUUUGAAUGUGCCAGCGUCAGUCAGGUCCGUGUGAUGCAGACCGGACACAAUGAAUAAUCUGUUAUUAGGGUGAAGAUUCAAAUCCCCAUAUCUUCGGAAAGUAUGGGAUGGCCGUCAUGGUCGAUUAGAUCAAGAAGUUUAGGGCUGGGGUGCACGAUGGUGAAGGUUGAGAUGAUGAAUUGCUAUUCGUUUGGGCUGCGAGUGUGUAUCAACCUAAUUUAGAUCAGUCGUGACAGUUUGCUAGAUUUCCUGGAGGUGUCGUCGUCUGGCACAGCUGGAAACGAAGAUGGAUUUGUUCCAUAUGACCUCAAUUUCUCUGUCGUUGUUUCAGAACUAUUCCUAGUUCUGUGUUCGUCCGUUUGGGUCGAGAGAUAUGGCUCGUCUCCGACAUCGUGAUGCAAUCUUUUUCCAUGAAACUGAAAAAGCCCGCGAGAAUACCUAUAAGCGGGAGAUCUGGGAAGGGUGAUAAUAGAAUCAACAGAUCUUUGAAACUUGUGUGUUGAUUGGCCACAUGUGUUGUAUUGAUACUUCUCAGAAUACGUGGACGUCGC